GGUUUACCUUACAUGUUCCCGACAUUUCCUCGGUAUGAACGCCUUAAGAUCAAUCUUGUCAAUAUGAUAUCGUGAUGAAAGCGAUGAGGCUCAAGACUCAAUGGCCUUGACGUGGGGGGAACGUCUGAAGAGUAGCUACAUCAAUGGAUGUUCAUGAGAGAGUGCUUUAUCAGCUGAUUUUGCAAUUACACACGGGUCACGUGUAGAUUGUCGCGUCCGAUAACGAUGACAGAUAAGGGACGCGGGCACAAAGUGACGCGUUGAGGCAACCAUGGCCUGGCUGUACAAUAUAUUAUAAAAAACAUUACAAUCCAGACAAUCACGAUACAAACUUUAAGAAAGAUGCCUCCAAAGCAAAAGUCCAGACCGAAAGGCAGUGCGCCUGCAAAUCGAACAUACAAAGCAGUCGAACCAUUACAUCAAACUACAUUUCCAGAACAGAAAAAGCGUGUAACUAGGAAUUAUGGCAAGAAAUCUAAGCUUAAGCUCGAAGACCAGGACACGCUUACGCAGAUGGAUUGGGUAAAAUUACAUGAGAGAGAAGAACUGGAAAAACAGAUAGAAGAUGAUAUUGAGGAUAGUGAAGGAGAUUAUGUGGAAGAAGAAUCGAAGCGAAGAACGAAACGACGGAGGACUAUGGGCGAUGAACCGGAAGCAAAGAUAAAGAAAGGGUCAAAGAAUAGGCGGAAGACUUUAGGAGAGGAAGAAAGAAUACCUAGUUUCUCGACACAGACGAUUACCCAACUCGAUUAUUGGCCACUUUCCGGAGCACGAGAGCCAGAAGAACCAGAAGACGAUCCAUCGAUCUACGAUGUUUCAGUAUCCAGCUCUCCAGCAUUUCAAUCACUUCGACGAAGUCCGCGGAAGAUUUACAAACCUGCUACUUCUGGUCCAGUUCAAUUAAUGCCUCCACCACAGACACCAAGACAUAGGAAGAUUCUUGAGAUUCCAUCAUCACAAUCACCGGCUACACCAACGUCAAGUCAAUUUGGAGGUUCCGCACGGAAGGGGUCGCCGCUCAAGGAGCAAUCUACAAAUGGCAUAGUCCCCUUCUCCCUAAGAUCAAAUACAAUCACGGAUACCGAAAAGAUACCAAAAUUGAAGAUUGAGGAUACUUAUGAGACCGGGACAGAUGAAAGUCAAGUUUUUCGAACCCCCUCGAAGCAUUCGAGUCCAGCUAAAACGGUACGAUUUGCUAUACCGGAUCGUAGUCAGCUAUCUUUUGCAGAGGAGACUCCCAUAAAAGAAGAGCACGCCACUCAGCGUGACUUCUCGCCAUCGCCUAUGCGCCGGUUUGGGACUCCCGCCCCCAAGAAUAUGAAAUUCGAGAUUCUGGAUUCAGAUGCGGAGGACGAAGAGGAAGAAUCCCAAAUUGUGGCAAAUACCCCGCUAGGAAAUUCUUCUGACCAUGAAGGUUCCACGAAUAUCGGAGACACAAUUGAGAAUGUAGUUGGGAAACCGGAACAGGGGGGUGAACACUCAGCGGAUGAUACUAUUCGAGAACCAGAAAGGGAUGUUGAGCAGGAUUCCGAACUUCCAGAAACAUGUUAUGGAGAUAUCGGAGCCGAAACACAAUUCGAAGCUGAACGGAUCAUGUCUUCGUCGAGUUUAAGUGAUGUCCAGGAAAAUACAUCAUUGAGUGGCGAGGCGGCCGGAACUGUAUCCUAUGGCAGUAGCCAGCUACCACAAACCCAAUAUGCCACUACCCAGCAUACCCAGACUCAAUAUUCUCAAAGUCGCUACACUGGAACUCAAUAUACUCAAAAGCAGACCCAAUUUGGUAAAAGUCAAUACCCCGAAAGCCAACGCCUCUCCACGCAACAUCUGGAUGCUAUGGCACCACGAUCGGAUUCUUCUGAUGUAUUCAUUUCUAUAUAUCCUGCAAACAUGGAAAACAUAAUCUCCCGUGAGAAAAACCACGAGUUUCGAUCUUAUAGUUUUCCGGCUACUGUAUCUCGUAUUUGGAUUUAUCAAACCAGACCUCUAUCGACUCUUACUCAUAUGGCCGUCAUUGGUUCUCCCAAAAUACCUGGAGAUAUAACGAAUCUUGAUGGGCUUGGUAAUGGCGAGUUCAACAAGGGUGAGAAGCGUUCCAAGUUUGCGUAUGAAAUCCUAGAAUUAUAUGCGCUCGCAAAUCCAAUGACCUUGGAAGAAUUGAAGAGUCGACAAUGGUUCAAAGCUGCUCCGCAGAAAUUUGCCAAGGUGCCACCUGCAGUGUUGGGGGAAUUAAUCGCGAAUUUAUUACCACCUCUAUUCACACAAUCUUCUUCUGUCGAGAACACACAUUCCACAUCCAUACUACACAGGAAAUCAAGUACGAGUACUGAGUCUCAAGAGGUACGAAAUCAGAUUACGAAUAACAUUCAACAAUUUUCACACAGACAAGUACCCUCUUCCUUGCCCCCUUCGUCACCCCCUUCGUCACCCCCUUCUUCGCCCCCAAUUGCAACGCAAACUCCUGUGAUUCACGUGCCGUCUUCACAACGUCAACUUGUAAGGCCAUCUCAAGCCUCAACGGUUGAUUAUACACAAACUCAAACACCUGUUACUCAACGUCAUUCACGAAAUGAACGAAAGGGAACCCCUAUUCCAGAGGUAAUUCCGGAGUCGCCGGCAAAAUCUAUUCCUUCCUCCUCGCGCGGUAGUAGUCCGGUGAAGAUUUUGACAUCUGUUGUGUCGAGAAGAGGGGAGAGAAGAGUUAUCGAGAUUGAAAGUCAGAGUGAUGAUAAAGAUUGCCUGGAAGAGAAUAAUUUGCCUGUUGUGGCGGCGAGGAGGAAGAGAGUGGUUAUUGAAGUUGAGAGUCAGACCGAGGAUGAGAGUAAUGGAAAAGAGGACACCUACAAUACAGAAAAUGAAGAAAACGACCCAAUAGAAGAAGGAGGGGAACCAGAAUCACACCAUCCCUCUUCAAUACCCGUCCCUUACUCCCUAAUCCGUUCGUCACAACUCAUGUCCCGAAGCCAAAUGAUGCGCGAACACGAUAGUCUGAUGGAUCGGGAGAUUAUGGGACCGCCGCCGGCGCCGACAGAUGUUGCUACAGAUGUCCCUGCGUAUAUUAUUUUUCGGGAGAUGGAAUCAAGUUGUGGGCCACCUCCUCACGAUUCGGAUGAUGACGAUUUGUGAGUCAAAAAGAUGAUACACGAGAUGAGAUUAGACGGAGAGCUGAGCAGGGAGUUUGUGUUGAGGGAAUAUCCAUAUCAAAAGGUUGUUUAUCACGAGAGCUUGAAUAAUGCCGGUAUAGCGAGGAUAAUUCAUUUUGACUAGAGUUUUUUUCUUUCUAAUAUUCCCCUUUGCAAAUUGAUAUUGAAAUGAUCUGUGUGCA